AUGGCGAGACCCCAAGAUACAGCUUUGGCCCGAUUCUAUGACCUCCCUAAGGUGCACAAAGACGGCGCUCCCCUCCGACCCAUCGUGUCGCUCAAAGGGACUCCAACGUACGGACUGGCCAAGUGGCUGUUCCGGCGUCUCAAGUUCCUGACCGCUGAGUCAGAUACUAUGGUCUCUUCGUCAGCACAAUUCCUAGAGAAACUCAAAUGGGUAGGCCUCCAUCAAAAUGAGGUCGUCGUAUCUUUCGAUGUUACGUCCCUUUUUACUUCUAUUCCCCAGGACCUGGCGAUCGAGGCAAUCGAGCUGCUACUACAAAGCAAAUACGAUGAAACGGAGAAUCGUCUUAAACACGCCCAAAUCCUUCGGCUCCUGAAGCUCUGUCUCAGGACGUACUUCACGUUCGACGGGACAACCUACGAACAGGUGAAGGGCACACCGAUGGGUCCGCCGAUUUCGUGA